AUGUUGAAUAAAAGACAGAUUUCACUUGCUACUUCUUCAGAACUUGAAGAAUUUUCUGAAUCUGAAGGAGAAUCUUUUAGUUUUAAUAGAGAAUCUUUCAGUUCUGAAAAAAAAUCUUCUAAUUCCAAACAAAGAUCAUUGCAUCAAUGA